AUGUAUCUGAUGGAGUCUUUCUCUAAAAGGAACGUUGUCCUUAUGUCUCCUUCUCAAGAGGAGUCUAUUUCAACUUGCUCCGACGAGUUCUACAGCCAGGUACGUCGCUAUAUGGGUGAUAUGAUGAGCACCAGGUCAAUCCAAGAUAUGUCGACCAUGUCGUCUAACCCCAUUGAGAAGAUUAAGUGUGGGUCCCUCUCUCAGGUCAUGGAAGCAGCGAGGAUGAAAGGCAAAAGAAGAAAGAUCCUCAAUGCCCUUGACAUCCCUUUACCUCAUGCAGGCGCUCACUCUUUUGACUUGAGUACUGAGGCGGCUGCUCUUCGGGCUACAUCUGGUAGCUGGAAGUAUAGUACCCCCGUCCCAUUUGGUGAUACAGUGGGCAAAAAAACCGUUCAAGUGUUGGUCAUGUAUGAAAAGAUUAAUUUAUAA